AAUAUGAGCGGAGCCAAUGAUCGACUAGAAUUCAGCUUGGUUGGAGACUGGAGCCGUUUGUCGCCCCGCCCUACUUUGAGGCACACUUUAUGUAAUUAUUUUCAAUUUUGCACAUUUUAAACCUUGUGAUGAACGCUCUCUCUCAGCCGCCGCCUCUCAAAAUUAGCGAGGCUAAAAUCGUCUCGUCGCUGCGCAUUUCAGUCUUCACCAAACCAGAUUUCUUCACACCUAACACUGCACCACCCAGCAGAAGCGAUCCGCUUAUCUACAGCCGCUUUACUGGUGGCGCAACCGUACCGGAGCGGCGGAGAAUGAGCGGAGCAGCCAUGGCCACAUCGAACGUCGACGCUACUGACGAUCGCAUUGCUCGGAUCGCCUCCACUAUUAGGGUCAUACCUGAUUUCCCCAAACCUGGGAUUUUGUUUCAGGAUAUAACGACGUUGCUGCUUGAUCCUAAGGCGUUUAAGGAUACCAUCGAUUUGUUUGUUGAGAGAUAUAAAGAUAAAAAUAUUAAUGUUAUUGCGGGCAUUGAAGCAAGGGGUUUUAUAUUCGGUCCUCCGAUUGCAUUGGCUAUCGGUGCAAAAUUUGUUCCAAUGAGAAAGCCCAAAAAACUACCUGGGGAGGUAAUAUCAGAAGAGUACUCUUUGGAGUAUGGAACUGACAUAAUGGAGAUGCAUGUUGGAGCUGUACAACCUGGCGAAAAUGCAGUUAUAGUAGAUGAUCUUAUUGCUACAGGGGGUACCUUAAAUGCUGCAAUAAGCUUGCUUGGACGUGUUGGGGUCACUGUGGUUGAGUGUGCUUGUGUCAUUGAAUUGAAGGAACUGAAGGGUCGGGAGAAAUUAGGGGACAACCCGCUGUUUGUUCUCGUGAGCGAGACUUGAGGUAAGAAAGAAUGCUGCCUUGCCCCCACACAUAACUACUGUAUUUGCUGUAUUCCUACAAUAAAUACUAGGCUGUGCCUAAUUCUAUGUGCUCACGAAGUACUCUUAUUUGGGUUGAUAUGAAAAUAUUGUGCCAUUUAAAUAUGUAAAAUAUUUUUAAGAUUGCAGUCCACGAAGGCGGCAUGGUUUUCUUAAUGCUACGAAAUUGGGAAGAUGAUAUUUUCUUAA